AUGACGCUCCAGGACCAGAUGAACCAGACCCAGCAGAAGCUCGCCCAGGCCGGUGAUGCCGUGGCGAGUGUCACCUCUUCGCUUGGCCACGCCGCCGCGUCGUCGGUGACGAACAAGCACGUCUCCUCGCAGGAUGUGAUGCACCUCGAGAGCGAGUACGGUGCGCACAACUACCACCCCCUCCCCGUGGUGUUUGACCGUGGCUACGGUGCCCGUGUGUGGAACCCCGAAGGCAAGGAGUACCUCGACUUCCUGUCGGCCUACUCGGCGGUGAACCACGGCCACUGCCACCCGGCCGUGGUCGGCACGCUGAUUGCCCAGGCGCAGAAGCUGACGCUCUCGUCGCGUGCCUUUUACAACUCGAUCUUUGGCCAGUUCGCCGAGAAGAUCACCAAGCUGCUCAAGUACGACAUGGUGCUCCCCAUGAACACCGGUGCCGAGGCGGUCGAGACCGCGAUGAAGAUUGCGCGCAAGUGGGCCUACCAAAAGAAGGGUGUCCCCGAGGACAAGGCACGCAUCUUUAGUGCGUCGGGCAACUUCCACGGCCGCACCUUUGGUGUGAUCAGUAUGAGCACAGACCCCGACAGCCGCAAGGGCUUUGGUCCCUUCCUCGAGCGUGUCGGCCCGGUGGCUGGCGACAUCAAGAUUCGCUACAACAACGUCGAGGACAUUGAGCGUGCCCUCGAGCAGUUCGGCACCGAGACCGCUGCCAUCCUCCUCGAGCCCAUCCAGGGCGAGGCGGGUAUCGUGGUGCCCGACAUGGGCUACUUCAAGCGCGUGUCGGAGCUCUGCAAGAAGCACAACGUGCUCCUCAUCUGCGACGAGAUCCAGACCGGUCUCGGCCGCACGGGCAAGAUGAUGUGCCACCAGCACUACGACGUGCGCCCCGACAUUGUCACGCUCGGCAAGGCGCUCAGCGCGGGUGUCUACCCCGUCUCGGCUGUGAUGGCCGACAAGGACGUCAUGCUGUGCAUUGCUCCGGGCGAGCACGGCAGCACCUACGGCGGUAACCCGCUUGGCUCGGCCGUCGCCAUCACUGCCCUCGACGUGCUGGUGAACGACAAGCUGUGCGAGCGCGCCGAGACGCUCGGCAACCAGAUGCGCGAGAGCCUCCGCAAGAUCAAGAACCCGCUCCUGUCCGAGGUGCGCGGUAUGGGUCUCCUCAACGCCAUCGUCAUCGACGAGACGAAGAGCACCAAGAAGCGCUCGGCCUGGGACCUCUGCCUGCUCCUCGCGGACAAGGGUGUGCUUGCCAAGCCCACGCACCAAAACAUCAUCCGCCUCGCCCCGCCGCUGGUCAUCACCGAGGAGGAGCUCGAGCGCGGCCUCAAGGCCAUCGAGGACGCCCUCAACGACCUCGACACCGUCGAGACCAUCCCGGGCGCCGAGGAGGCGCACUAA